GGCUUAGUUCACUGACUGGAAGGUCUGUGAAAAAAUCAAUUGGGAAAAUAAUUUUGCGUAGUAUAAAAAAUCUCAUUUAAUCACAAAUAUUCAUUAAUAAACAUAUUUCUUUAAAGUGCUGUGCACUAAGAAGUAGGAAAAAUACCUUUAAAGGAUAAAUAAAUAUCUUGGUUAUCAGCACAAGGUUGACAUUUAUCUGUGAGGAAUAAAACAAAACCAGAUUCAAUUGAGAACAGCAUGAAAAUGGUGUUGUCGCAACGGCAGCGCGAGGAGCUUAACCAAGCGAUUGCCGACUACUUGGGCAGCAAUGGAUACUCAGAAUCAUUGGAAGCUUUUCGCAAAGAGGCCGAUCUCAAUGGGGAAACAGAAAAAAAAUUUGGUGGUUUACUCGAAAAGAAGUGGACAUCAGUUAUACGCUUACAAAAGAAAGUAAUGGAACUGGAGGCUAAACUCUCGGAAGCGGAAAAAGAGGUUAUCGAAGGUGCUCCAUCAAAGGCUAAACGCAGUCCUGGUGAAUGGAUACCAAGGCCACCUGAAAAAUUUUCUCUCUCUGGUCAUCGGGCUAGCAUAACGCGAGUUAUAUUUCAUCCAAUAUUCAGUCUAAUGGUAUCUGCUUCCGAAGAUGCUGUUAUCAAAAUUUGGGAUUUUGAAACUGGAGAAUAUGAGCGCAGUCUUAAAGGUCACACAAAUUCCGUGCAAGAUAUUGCAUUUGAUGCUCAAGGCAAACUUUUAGCAUCGUGCAGUGCUGAUUUAUCCAUAAAACUGUGGGAUUUCCAGCAGAGUUAUGAAUGUGUAAAAACAAUGCAUGGACAUGAUCACAAUGUAUCAUCUGUAGCUUUUGUGCCAGCUGGUGAUUACGUGCUUUCGGCGUCACGUGACAAAACAAUAAAAAUGUGGGAAGUCGCCACUGGGUAUUGUGUCAAAACAUUCGUUGGUCACAGGGAAUGGGUACGUAUGGUGCGUGUACACAUGGAAGGAAACAUAUUUGCAUCAUGCUCAAUUGAUCAUUCAGUCCGUGUUUGGUCGAUAAAUUCAAAAGACUGCAAAGUUGAAUUGCGCGACCACGAUCAUACAGUUGAGUGUAUUGCUUGGGCACCAGAGGCUGCAUCUUCAGCUAUAAAUGAAGCAGCUGGAGCUGACAACAAAAAGGGCCAUCAUCAGGGUCCAUUCCUGGCAUCUGGAUCAAGGGAUAAAACCAUUCGGGUAUGGGACGUGAGUGUUGGUAUGUGUUUGUUCGUGCUCUCCGGCCAUGAUAACUGGGUGCGCGAAUUAGCUUUCCAUCCCGGUGGCAAAUACUUGAUAUCCGCCAGUGACGACAAAACCAUAAGAGUUUGGGAUUUACGUAACAAACGAUGCAUGAAGACCCUAUAUGCACAUCAACAUUUCUGCACUUCAAUUGAUUUCCAUAAAACACAUCCAUAUGUCAUUUCGGGUAGCGUAGAUACAACGGUGAAGGUUUGGGAAUGUCGUUAAGCCAAUAGUAAUUACAAACUGUGGGACGGAAUACAAUUUGCUUUGGUCGAUUUGUGUACUCCCUGGUCAGGAGAUGAACAUAAAAUAAUGUAUUGUUUAAGAGCUACAAUUUACUUCAAUUAAUGCAGAUAAAAUACACACACACACACACACAACCUAUACAUAAAUAUAUAUUUAUUGAUUAUAAUUUAAUUUCGAAAAACAAAAACAAUAUACGAAUCUUGUGAUUCACCUCUAUUAAUUAUAGAUUACAUAUAAAAAUUACGUUUAAACGAAAAAUGGCAAACGCUAUUGCUAGAAAGUGCAAAAUUCUCACAUUUUUUCUUUAGGCGUAAUCAUGUUCGUGAGUCGAAAAGAAAAAGUUUGCCGCCGAUACCAAUUACAAGGGAUCCAAUUAAUUGCGAUUAAAAACGAAAAAUUCAAAAUGGAGAGAAAGAACCAAGUCCCAACAUUUUCUACAGAAAAUGUCAGGUAUCUGCAAACUUUUCUAUUUUCUCUUAUUUUGUAAGUAUUGAGUAGAACUCAAAUCGAAUGUUAUGUGUACGCCUUAUAAAUAAUUGUAAACAACAUUUUUUUAAGUUUUUUUUUCGCUUGCUGGAUUAUUAUUCAUUUUUUUUUAUUUCUAUAUAUACAAUCAUUAUACUAGAGUUAUGAUUUUAUAAAAACAAAAAGAAAAUAAAACAUAAAAAGCCGUGUCCCUUUAAAUUUCAAGUUCAAGUAGAAAAUUUAAGUUAAUUUUAAUUCAUACAUUAAACUGUAGGGCUUUUUUAAGGCGAAUUAUAUAACUAAAAUUACUAUUAAAGCUAUUAAUUAAAUAACAAUAACAACUAAAUAAUAAUAUUAUUAUUGUAUGCAUAGAGAUAUUUGUAAUGGAUAACAGAAAAUAUGUAAUACUCUGUUUUCUAUUUAAUCAAUACGCCCGCCACCCACCAUCAAAUGAUCAAAUUUCAGGCCAACAUUAUAAACAAUAGAACCAGUUCUUAAUAUCUAUUUGAAACGAUAAUCUGCACCGCAUAAUUGCUCGAUAGAAACUGAGACAUAGAGCGAACACACAAAAUUGUACAAAUCAAAGCUCUUGCGUGUGUAAUUGUAUGGAGAAAGCUUAAAUUUUUCUUGGAGUGUAAAAUAAAAUCCAAGUCAUACAUGUACAUGUUCUUAAAACAAAUCUAUGUGUCUAAUUUUCAAUAAACAGUAUCGUAAUUAUGAAAAUAUAUGCAUAAAUGGCUACAAACAGAACCUACCUACUACUUGUUUCAUUGAGAAUGCACCUACCUUCUCCAUCUCUGGGUCGUGUAUACCAAAUGUUGGCAUACUUUCAAAAUUUGUUAAUGUUUCUACACUGAAAGUCGCUGUUUUUCGUUUUUACAAAGCCCUACCUAAGACGCUUUUCCUUAGUUGCUUAGAUCUGUUAUUGUUAUUAUAAGAAACUGCACACCUAAAAUAUAAAAUCCAUAUUUAGAAACCUUGCACGUACACACAUUAGAAAAGCUUAAGAAUAACCUCAUUCACCGCCUCUCAAAUAAUAUCUCAUAAAUAAUUCAGAAAUGUCUCAUGAUUCAAUAAAGAUUGCAAUAAUUAUAUAGAGAUUAUUGUAUUUUUCGAGAAAAAAAAAAUAAAUUCGAAAUUAAAAAACUUUGUUUUGAGAAAUACUAUCAAAUAUGAAUACAUCUCAAAGUAUCAUAGUUGUAUAAUUGUUUUGCAAAAUCUUUAAAAGGAUGUACGAAUAUAUAUAUAUAUAUAUAUAUUUUUCCCAUUUUGGAGACAAUGGCAAGACAACCUAUAACCAUGGCAUUAUUAUUCGAACAAAUGAAAUAUGAUAAAAAAAAUUAAGGACAACUAUAAAGAAUCCCCAUAUAUUCUACAUUCACAAUGUGUAAGGAAGAAUGUUUGUAUUAAUAAUAAACAUUUACAGUAUACAUACAUACAAUCAUACAUACCUAAA